UUAGAAGAUUGAGACAAAAAAUAAUCGAUUCUCGUUCAGUCUGACGUUGGCUCAAAAGAAACAUGGAGUCGCCAUUUAGGCUUUCUAAAUCAUCGAGUAGAGUCAGCUGAGUUUGACAGUAUAAAAAGCUCGGUGUGUUCAGGAAUUGUUGAUGAAAUAGUGAAAUUUUGAAGUCUCGUCGUACCAUAGUCGAGGAAAAUUCGUUGCUAUUGAUCUCGGAAUCGUAAAUUUUUUUUCUAGUGAUUUUCAUCUUGAAAUUCAUCGGAUUCGGGCGUUUGAAAAAUCAACCGAAAAUAACUCGAGCCAAAAUUGUAAACAGAUAAAUCCUUGGGGGAAAAAAUCUAAAUUCACAAAAUGGAAGCAGCAGGAUCGAGCCUCGUUCACAAUCAUCCGGACAUCAACUGUGUCGCCGAAUGCAUUAAAAAUAAAUUUUAUUUCGCUACCCUCAACAACGACAGACGCGAACCCAAAAGCACUUCGGAUCUUCAUCUCUUCAACGUCGAUAACGAACUCGUCUAUAAUAAUUUCUACAAUGACUUCGGGCCCCUCAAUCUCGCAUGUCUAUACAAGUAUUGCUGCAAGGUGAACAAAAAACUGCGCAAUCCAGGCAACAAGCACAAGCAAAUAGUUCAUUGCACGUCAGGACAGAAUCAUCAGAAAAAAGCGAACGCUGCUUAUCUCUUCACCUCUUACGCUAUUAUUUAUCUCAAGAGAAAUCCCAGAGACGUUUAUGCCAAUCUCAUCGAAGCUAUCAAACAGCCACUCAAACCGUUCCAAGAUGCUUCCAUGGGGGUUUCAAUGUACAACAUUCGCUUACAAGAUUGUCUCAAUGCAAUCCACAAGGCGGCGGCCUUCGGUUUCUUCAAUUUCGACGACUUCGAUUUGGCCGAAUACGAGAAAUACGAGAGAAUGAGAUACGGUGACAUAAAUUGGAUGAUACCGCAAAAAUUUCUUGCCUUCACGGGCCCGAGUACGGAGAUCGGUACCGCCUAUCAUCCGCCGGAGCAUUACAUUGAUUAUUUCACGAAAAACGACGUAAUCGCGGUGGUCAGACUGAAUCGGAAGUCUUACGAGUCCUCGAGGUUUACGAGGGCGGGAAUCGCUCACUACGAUAUGUUCAUGCCCGACGGAAGUGCACCACCGAGAAACAUACUCAACCAAUUUUUACAUUUGGCCGAAACUACGGUCGGCCCGAUCGCGGUUCAUUGCAAAGCUGGUCUCGGUAGAACCGGCUCUCUCAUCGCUGCUUACAUCGUCAAGCACUAUCGAAUGACCGCGAGAGAAGCGAUCGCUUGGCUUAGAAUUUGUCGACCUGGAUCGGUCAUCGGACACCAACAGACGUGGCUCGAAGCCAUGGAAAAUGAACUCUGGAGGACUGGUCAACAAUACAGACUAAAACAUCACGGCGAUGGUGACAUAAUUUUGCGGCACAAACGCGGCAUUUAUUCGAUUGCUGAAAAAUUCGAGAAGCGAGAAAAGAAGCUCUGUGAAAAAGACUCAGGCAAUUUGAAUUUCAUUGAUAAGAACGAUUGA